AUGGGUACAGUAUUUGACAAUAGCUUUUUUCGAAAAUAUGGUUACGGUGGAUUAUCUCCUGGCAGAAGAGCUUGUUAUAUCAGUCACUAUUUGGUUUAUAAAUCAAUAAUUGAUAAUGGCUACCGUAGUGCUUUAAUUCUAGAAGAUGACGUUGAUUUUGAAACUGAUAUCACUGAAAUUAUGACAGGGAUUCAUCGUAAUUUACCUGCUUAUUGGGAUACUUUAUAUAUAGGUCAUUGUUAUGAACAAAUAGGUAAACUUGUCGAUGGUUCUCUUGCUAAUCAACUAUAUGAAUCAGUGAUGCCAAGUUGUACACAUGCUUAUGCCGUUUCGUAUUGGGGUGCCCGCAAGUUGGUGGAAAAACUUGAUCCUAUGAUACCACAAGGUGCAAUUGAUUUAGCUCUUCUCGCAAAAAUUAAGAAUAAAGAGCUCACUUCAUAUAGCGUUCAUCCAAUGCCUAUUAUACAAUGGAAAGGUAGAGAUAAUCCAUCUGAUGUUCCUGAAUCAAUGAAUACCUAUUUUAGUUUAAAAAAUUCUACCUUACGCUUCCUUGGGCACAAAUUUGUAUAA